CCUCCUGAGGCCACUAGAUGUCCCACCAGCAGAAGUCCACCUGCGGCAGAGCGCGUCCUGUGUUCCAGCUCAGAUCCACUCCUGGGUCUAAGCAGACGCCCACUGCUCCUCUGUAUCGAUCCUCUACAAACCUGCCUUCCUGCUGAAGCCACGGUACUUCGAAGAACAACCCGGUCAUGCGUUGAGAUCCGUGCGUCAUCAGAGCGGCGGCGGCGGCGACGCGCGGCAGAGACGCGGCAGCUGCGGUUGUGUUUGUGUUUUCCGCCUCUCUAUCGCGACUCAAACCGAAGUGAGGGGAGGGGUGUCAGAGGAAACACCGAUCAGACAUCAACUGAAUCCAUCAACCAAUCAAUCCGUCGCGACCAGACUCACCCGGAUGACCUCCGGAGUGACGCGUCUGUGCGAUGUGAGCGAAGCGGGAGCGGCGGCGGAGGAGAUGCGCAAAGCUGCGGGUCUCUAGCGCUGUCGUAAAACAAGCGUCGGGAGCAAAGACAGCGAUCAUUUAAGAGAUGCCAGGGGUAACCAAGUAUAAUUUAGUGGAUGACGCGCACGAUUUGAGGAUCCCCAUGCACAACGAGGAGGUGUUCAAGCAUGGGGUCUGCUUCGAGGCAAAGUACAUUGGCAGUUUGGAGGUGGGGCGACCCGGCAGCCGAAUGGAGAUAGUGGCUGCAAUGAGGAGAAUCAGAUAUGAAUUCAAGUUGAAGAACAUAAAGAAAAAGAAGGUCAACAUUGUCGUAUCCACCGAUUGCGUCAAAGUGAUUUUGCGCAAAAAGAAGAAGAGAAAAGGGUGGUCAUGGGACGAGAAUACCAUCGUGGUGACACAGGACCCCAUUUACAGGAUUUUCUACGUGUCGCAUGAUGCCCAAGACUUAAAAAUCUUCAGUUACAUCGCCCGAGAUGGACAGAGCAACAUUUUCCGCUGCAACGUGUUCAAAUCCAAGAGGAAGUCUCAGGCCAUGAGGAUUGUUCGGACGGUGGGUCAGGCAUUCGAUGUGUGUCACCAGCUGACCAUGCAGCAGAAGGCCGACGAGGAGGAUGAGGAGGGGAAGGUGGAGGAGACUGAGGCGGCGACGAGCAGAGCCAAGAAGAGGUUGGCGUUGUCAGAAGAGACUGACCUUGAAGCCACUACAGAGGAGAGCAUUGAGUGCGUCUCUUCAUCAGACCUGGAGAAGAGCAAAAAGGACGAGGCCCAUGGUAACGGAGGGAAGACGUCCAGUGACCCGUCUCUCUUGCUGAACUCUCCUCUGCUCGGAGCCUCGGGUCCGUUGGCAGCCGAGGCGUCCUGCUCUGCGGAACAUCAGGUCCAGCUCCUCCAGAAACAACUGCAGCAGCAGGAACAGCAGGCGUUGGCAGCUUCAGCUCAGGUGCAUGUUCUCCAGGAUCAGCUCUCGGUGGAGGUCUGUGCGAGGACCGAGGCUCAGUCCAGAGUUCAGAGGCUGUUGCAGCAGAACACUGACCUGCUGCAGCACAUUUCCCUGCUGGUCAAACAGAUUCAAGAACUGGAGCUCAAAGCGGCCGGCCACUUAACGUCAAUGGGAUCCCAGGACAGCCUUCUUGAGAUCACAUUCCGUGCCAAGCCCCCCACAGCGUCUCGUGACACCCUCACUCCUUCUUCAUCCAUGGGGCCCCUGGCGUCUCAGUCCCAGCACCAGAUCAGUGACAGUCCCUGGGUGUCCACCUUACCUGGGCCGUGCUCUCCGGGCACCGUGGGCGCCGACGCCAGCCCCCUGGGGCUCAGCGGCAGCGCGGUCCGGCUGGAGUGUUUCCGCUUCUCCUCCCGGGGGCCGGACAGUCAGGAGCAGGGCCAGGACACGGGGGAGACUCCCAGCGACGGAGCCCCGGACGAGAGCUCUCUGCUGGGGGAGCAGGUGCUGGGAGCCCUGGAGCUGCUCCGUUUCAGGGAGUCGGGAAUCGGAUCGGAAUACGAAUCGAACACAGAUGAGAGCGACGACCGGGACAGUUGGGGUCAAGGGGAGGGGGCGGGGCCUGACGGUGCAGCUCGUCUGCUCAACGUUCUGAAUGCAGAGAUCCUACCAGACUCCUUAGGGGACGAGAUGGCGGUGUAGAGGUGCUCUUAAUGCUGCAUGAGUAUCCUAAGGGGGAUCUGAAGGACCUAAUUAAACAUAAAUAAUGUAUUACAAAAUUAUACAGAGAGCUCUACAGAUAUAAAUUAUAUACAGUACACAGUGGUCACUCACUAUACUCAGAAAAAAAGUGUUGAAUUUUACUGUUCUGGUUUGUUAUUUGCUGUUUAUGUGAGUUGUUUCACUUCUGUAAGUGGUUAAAAUGGACUAAAUUAAAUAAUAAAAAAAAACAGAUGCAGACUUCACAAUUAGAUAACAACUUUGGUCUUAAUUAUAACUUGAAUUCGAUUGCAAUAACAAUGCUCUGAUGAGCUUGAUUUUAUUUGAUUUGCAUGCUUAAUGACAAAAUCUAACAGAAUAAUAAUGUAAUCACAAGUUAUAAUAAUGAUAAUCAUAGUCUACAGAGUCCUGAUUAACAAUAAACAUGUUUAACAAAUCAAACAACUCGGAAUUUUAUCAAAAAAAAAAAAAAAUCACACAUUAAACAGAUGCUGUUAUUUUGAAAACUAAAAUAUACUUUACAUUUCUUCAUUUCUCAGCUCCAGUGUCUGAUGUAAGCUGAAAAUAUUCAUCUUUCUUCUUGCUACUGGCUGUCAGAUGAUGUAAACGCUGUGAUGUUUCAGGCUCUGUCUUUCUGAAAAUCUCUGCCGUCUGUCAAACGCAGCGUGUUUUUUGUCAUUUACCUUGUCUGUGUUUGUUAAUGAUUGGUGUUCCGUGCAUACGUUCGGUUCUCUGAUUCGGUGACAUCGCUGCUCGCUGGACUUCUUACACUGUGGUUGUUUCUGUGUUUAUAGAUUUGUGAGACAUCCAGCAUGGAUUUGGUUAUUCUUGCUGUUUUUUUUGUUACGUUUUUGUUUUUUUCUAAUGAAGGUCUAAACUUGUUUGUUAAAUCUGUCUGGAUAUGCUAACAAAUAGUUUGGAGUGACCCUCGCAGUGCUUGCUUUGACACCUAUAAUUGUGGGUUCAUGUUUCAGCAUGUAUUCUAUCUCAGACUGUUUUUCUGCUCAGUACUUUGUAUAUAGUUUAAUCAGCUUUGAUGCAAUGCGUAAAAUAUUUGGCAAGACUUUUUAUUCACUCUAUUCUUAUUCCUGUUUUAUAUCAUAAAGCAGAUGAGUUGGUGCUGAGUCUCAGAGGGAAACAUCACACUGUGUGCAGGUGCUGCUACAAGCUUAUCUCAGCUGCUUAAGCGCAGCCACCGUGUGUAAAUAUUAUUUAUUAAUGCCGUACUGCAGCAGUGAUAAGUGCUGCGUCACUGUCGAUUCACCGGGAAGAGGAAUUGUUUGGAAAGUCAAUGGAAAGAUGGAGGCGGCGUGAGAGACUUUCAUUUUUCGUCUGGCCAGCUGUCGCACAAGCUCCAGUGAGCCAACUCUGUGAAUCACUGAGACGGGCGACGUGUCUUGGAGCUCACUCCAAAAUCGAUUAAUCUCCUCAUAGCUCCGCCUCUCUCCCCUCACCUUCUUCGCCUUUUUUUUCCCCCUGGAAGCUCAUCACCUCUUUCCUGCUCUCUUGCACUCACAAUCUGUCUGCUCUAUCCAUCUAUCCAUAUCAAGCAAUUGCUUUCCAAGGUUAUGUCUGUUAACACUGAAGUGUACAAAAAAAUGAAAGUGCACUUACAUGGAUGUUUCUCCUUGUGGAAUUAAAUGCCCUUUCUCAAAUACCACGUG